AUGUCGACUGGAACGCCCGUCAGAAGCAGUCAGAGAAGCGUGCGUGCGUGUACCGCAUGUGCGCGGCGUAAGAUCCGAUGUUCCAAGACGAUACCCUGCACGGCUUGCAUACGACUCAACAGGGCCUCGUCUUGCCAAAGAGAGCAGGUUGUUGUCGUCACCCGAAAGAGAGGGCAUGGUACAGAUACCACUGGCUUAGAAAACGGCAACAAUAGCCCGUUGCCCAGCCUGUCGGAUUCAGACCAAGCCAGGGAUGUGCCCCCGGUAGAUCCUCAUUCUUCGUCUGAGACCAUUGGUAACAACGUUGUUGUUGAAGGCGCAUCUGCCAUUCCUUGUCCUGAACUAGGGGAUCCUAUCGAGGAGCAUACCUUCUCUAGUCGCCCCAGUCUGGGACGCCAACAGACAUUGAACGCGCCCCGGACGGCUGACAGUCGUUUAACCAGCGAUAGAGCGGCAGCAUUGGAAUUUCUUACCCAUGGCCGUCGGAACGUCAUCAACCAAUUUGCGGGCAGGAAUGAUACCGCGGAGUCACCACCGUCGCUCAAUUCAUGGAGCAAAAGCAACGUGGAAGAGCCAUGGGAUCUAUUCUUCACCGAACAGAAUUCUCGGACACUCCUGGCCCUUCACCAAUCCUAUCUCUCCUGGAUGCACUGCGCAGUCCAUAUGCCCAUAUUCCGGCACGAUUUUGAAGAAAACCUUGCCAGACGAGAGUGCAACAGGUCUUGGCUAGCUUUGUAUUAUGCAAUCCUGUCUCAAACACUGUACCAUAUCGAUGAUCAGCACUUGUCCUCGCUGCCACAGCCGGUCAAUGCCAGCCCGGAUGCAUCCUUUGUGCUUUUCAACAAGAGCAUCGAGGUGCUCUUCCGAGCCAACUUCAUGGAUGAUCACAGUAUAUAUUCAGUCCAAGCAAUCUGUCUUCUCAUACAAGUGGCGCACCAUUUUGAUAAGUCUGACCUUAUUUGCAUCCUCAUCUCCACGGCAAUUCGGAUCGCUCAGUGCCUGGGCCUCCACCGUCUGGGCCCAGAUCGCGCCAUUUCUGAAGGAAGCACCGCCAGUAUCAAUGAACCAGCCAAUACUGACCGGGAACUGAAGAAAGGGAUCUGGUGGUUUCUAGUGUGCCACGACUGGUUCCAAAUACCGUUCCAAAACACUUGUCAGAUACACCCAAGUCAGUUCAGUACACCCAUGCCGACCAGCCAGCCUAUAGCUACGCAACAGCUAGCGAGCGAUUGCACCCCGAAGAUGGACGAGGCCUAUACUUCAACUAGUUGGACUAAUUACCUCAAUCACUUCUCAGUUCUGAUUUGGAAACACCACGAUCGCAUGUUCAAGGCUGGACAUCCAGGCAAUUGCCCAGAGAGUAUCCCCAAGUUAUACGAAGAGGUCAUACGGGCUGAUGAAGAAAUAAAGGCUAGCUAUGUGUCCCUUCCGCCCUCUUUGCGAGAGGUUGACACGUCACAAAAUGUCACAACUGCCGACGGACUUCCCAUUGGCUUGAUGCCAGGCCUUGUCCUUGUGUGUACUGCCCACAAAGUUCUCGGCGUACAUCGUCAUUUCCAGCUUUCCGGUUUCCGAGACCGGCGCUAUGCAUUUUCUCAAUUUUCGUGCGUCUCUAUUGCUGAGCGUAGUAUCGCGGCUAUUAUCGAUUGGCCAGACACUCUUCAGUCACGGAUUGCACGUAGGAUGUGGACCACAUUGACGCACGUCAUUAGUUGCUGCAUUAAUCUCGCCUUUGCCUUGCUGUUCAAGUCCGAGAACACCCUUAUGCAUGACUGGGUCAAGAUCCAUCGCUACCUGCAGCUCGGGAAAGAAAUUAUCAGCCACGAGGAGCAGCGAAGCUCUCUGGCCCGGCGAGGUGUUAGGUUACUCGGUGCCAUGAUGGAACUAGAAGCCAGCUCUGAGUGUUCUGUAGACUUGGAGGCGGAGAUUGGGAACCUAAUCCGUUGCGUGACUGUCGCAGACGAGAAUUACCUCAACAUGGAUGCUGCUGAUCCCCAUCACAUUAUCUUCCCAUAUAGCCAGGACCUUUGGGAUAGUUUCAUUAAUGAUGCUAUGGCUAGUGACUUCUUUGGGGUUUAA